UUUCAGUGUUUGAUUUGGAAAUGCAGUGACAUUCGACAAAGAGUAUUUCUUGUUUGGGUGUAUCGUGCUUGCCUGAAGCCACGUUCGUUCGCUGAGGCCUGCAGAAGCAUAGUAGUAUUUGGUGGCAAAGCGCUGGCGCUUUGUAGCUGGCUGCAAAGAUGGCGCACAACCCGAUAAUGUUAGAGUACAUGGCCAUACCUCCAGUCACCAGAGCAUACACCACCGCGUGUCUGAUCACAACUAUUUUAGUGCAAGUGGAGUUUGUCACACCACUGCAGCUCUACUUUAAUCCCUAUCUCACCUUCAGAGAACUGCAGCUAUGGCGUCUAGUCACCAACUUCCUUUUCUUUGGACAGCUAGGCUUCCACUUCUUCUUCAACCUCAUCUUUGUAUACCGUUACAGUCGAAUGCUGGAAGAGGGAUCGUUCCGUGGGCGCACCGCUGAUUUUGUCUACAUGUUCGCCCUGGGCGGUGUGGGCAUGCUGUUCUGUGGAUACUGGUUCUCGUUGCUGUUCCUGGGUCAGGCGUUCACUAUCAUGCUCGUCUACAUCUGGGGCCAGCGGAAUCGUUUUGUGCGCAUGAACUUCCUCUUCAUCACGUUCCGAGCGCCGCAGCUUCCCUGGGUGCUUCUCGGUUUCUCCUUCGUGCUUGGCUCUGUCUUCUGGGUCGACGUGCUAGGCAUUGCAGUUGGUCAUGUCUACUACUUCUUGGCAGACGUUUUCCCACGCAUGGAGGGAGGCUGCGAUGUCGUGUCUGCUCCAAGGAUAUUGAAAGUUCUGUUUGACAAGGACAGUCACGUGGACGAUGCCAAUGCCUACCGACCGCCGGCAGAGGACCAACCCGGCGGUUACGAUUGGGGAGCAGCCAUACAGGAGCAAGUACAGCGACUGCCCGCAGCAGCUGCUGCCGCUGCGGGUGCUGCUGCUGAUAGUGCUGGCGCUGGUGUUGCUGCUGCUGCUGGGAAUGAAGGCGCAGAUUCUUCCGGUCGUCACGACUCCAGUAACAGUGGCACGGCCAGUAGUCUUCGGCAACGAGUGCGACAUCAUCGUUCAUCCACAGUGACAGCAGCAGCAGCACAAGAGGGCACAGAGGAUGACGAUGACGCGCAGGCGGAUGCAAGAUGAUUGCAUGCAAUGAACCAUAGGCAAAACUGUAUCUUGGGGGACGGUGUGUGGCCGUGUGUGUGUGUGUGGCAAAGGUUGGAAUCGGGGUGGCACGGUGCUGGUGCUGGUAGCAAGCUGCCUGGCCUUGUCUGCAUGCGCGUCUCUCCUCCUAUUUCUCUCUCUCUCUCUCUCUCUCUCCCUCCCUCCGUCUCUUCACGACAGCUUUAGCCAUUGUAAAUGUCACAGGUUGUUGCACGGCAGUUUGUUUCUGGCACCGUUGCCCUCGCCAGUCAGUCACUUGUAACACAUCCAGCACACCGAGUCACCAGCAACACCAGCUUGCACAACACACGCAACCAUUGCCAGUGCACCAGCUCCCAGUGGCUGGUGUGAGGUGUUUCACACACAAGACCAUACGUACCCUGUACCAGCCAUUCCGCUGCCGUCGCUCCGUCAGCUCACACCCCACGGUCGCUGCAUACAACUGAGUUAUGUACGCACUGCAUACAUACAGUGAUUUUAUUGCAUCAGGCGUUAUGACUUUACAGUUGAGAUCAUGUGCUAUUAUAGCACAGCAAUUUGUAUGCAUGUAGUUUUGCUGAAAACACUUCAGGUUUUGCCGAUUUUUCUAAAACCUGGCAGAUUCUAUGGAAUUGUGCCAAAUUCUAUGAAAACGUGCCAUCUUUACUCAAACCAAUCCAAAUGUACCAUGUUGGUCAGUUGCGACCAGGGAGUCGUAAAAUACCGGUAAUUUACGACCCUGGUCCCGACACAAGCAUGCCCGUGUUACGGUGUGCAUGUGUUCUCGUCUCCUGCUCUCUAUCUUUUUUCUUCUUUCUUUUGCAGCUGGGACUGAGAUCUAUACUGCAAUCUGUCUGUCUCCCUGUCGGUCUGUCUGUCUCGCUGUCUGUCCGUCUGAUGUUUUCCAUUGGCAACACUCUCCCUUAGCAUUGUGCACGGUCGGUGUUCAUAAUGCUGUGCUCUGCUGUGCCCAAUGACCCGGGUUUUGCUUCGCGCUGCGUUGAAUUGUACAUUGUACGUUAUGCAGCAUAGCGCUUUUAUUAUUUUUACAGCCUAGUAGAUAACUCUCAGCAUAAUAAUAAUUAUUUUUAUCUGUUGAA